AUGGAUUUUGAUAGUGAGGGUAAAAUAUGCGUAACUGCCUCUGAAGACGAUUCUAUUAAUGUUUAUGAUUGUUUAAGAGGAAGACACAAGAAAAUGUUGUUAAGCAAAAAAUAUGGAGUUCAUCUUACACGGUUCACACAUCUUUCUUCAAAUAUUUUAUACGCGUCUUCUAAAGGAAAUGAUACAAUAAGAUAUUUAUCAUUACACGAUAAUAAAUUUAUACGUUAUUUCCAAGAAAUUAUUAGAGUUGUUUCGUUGGAAAUGUCUCCAAAAGAUGAUCUUUUUAUUUCUGGUGCUAAAGAUGAAGAUGUACGUCUUUGGGAUUUAAAAUCAGGUUCAUGUGUGGGUCAUCUUGAAUUCUCAUCUGGUACACCAUGUCUUUCAUAUGAUCCAUCUGGUCUUGUUUUUGCUGUAGGAUUGCAAUCUUUAGAAAAUUCAGUACGGCUUUAUGAUGUCCGAAAAUAUGAACAAGGUCCUUUUGCAUUAUUUAAUUUUUCCGACAAUUUUUUUGCGCCUAGUGCUUAUCCAAACUCACCAGAACUUCCUGAAUGGACUGGAUUAAAAUUUAGUGAUAAUGGACUAAAAAUUUUAAUCAAUACGUCAGGAGAUGUUCACUAUGUUAUGGAUGCUUUUAAUGGACAAUUACUUAGAAGAUUAGUAGGUCACGUUGGCCAUAAUGAUUCAUCUAGUGUAUCAACUGGAGAAGUAGCUUGUUUUGCACCUGAUAGAUCUCAAGAUGGGUCAAUUCAUGUCUGGGAUAUCGAAACACCUGUUAAACGAUCAGAUAGGAUUUCAGGUGGUUUGGAUUUAAAAUCUAUGCAUGUUAUUGAUCAUCAUGUUCGGCCAACUCAAGUUGUAAGAUUUAAUCCAAAAAGAUUAAUGUUAGCAAGUGGAUGUAAAGAUUUGUAUAAAGUCUACUUCACUCCAAUAAAGUUACAAUUAUUGGAUUAA